UAUUGUUAUUGUUAAUUUUGUUACAUUUACAACUUAAUGAGCAUUAUUGCUAUAGGCUAGAUUUAGAACGUCAAAUUAAAUAGAAAGUCUGGACGCCAAUAUAUGAAAAUGGAAUAAUCAAAACUCAAUGUUAUAAGAAGUUACAAUCAACAAAUAAGUUGAUCUUAAUUCGAAGCUCCUAAAUUCUACCAACUUGAUUGAAUAUAUUUAAGAUGUUUAAUAAGAAUGAAGUUAUUGUGAUUUAAAAGAAAAACCUACACGGGAACAUGUCGAGUGGAUCGUCUGCGACAGGAGUGCUUCCAGGAUCAUCUGGAGAUGCUCCUGUACAUCGAAAAGGACAUCGGAGACAAGAAUCUAUGUAUGCUAUGACUGGCCUGUAUUCAGAAAGUGUCCCUGAAGAUGAUAAUGAGAGCCAGAAACCUACAGCAUCUACGUUUUGUGAUACAGUAAUUAAAUGUCAUAGUCGAAACCCAUCCACUGGCUUUGACAGAGAAAAAGCUGCUUUUAAAGAUAACUUUAGCGAACCAACAGCUGUGAUAUUAAGAGAUACAAAGGAAUGUGGGAUCCUUAAGUGCCGACCUUUGUUUCUACAAAAAUACGCUGGAAUUAAAAGUUUUGUACUUCUUUUAUCAUUUUUGGUGACACUUCAGCAAGCCUUGAGCUCCGGCUAUAUCAAUUCUGUGAUAACUACUAUUGAAAAAAGAUUUGAAAUACCUUCAGGUCUCUCUGGACUUGUGGCUUCUUCUUAUGAAAUAGGAAAUGUGAUAACUGUUAUCUUUGUUAGUUAUCUUGGUAGUAGAAGACACAUACCUGUCUGGAUUGGAGUUGGCACUGUGAUAAUGGGAAUUGGCUCUAUUAUUUUCAUGAUACCCCACUUUACGUCAGAGGAAAACUUUGGAUCAACUAUUGCAAAUAUUACAGAUGAAAAUAUGUGCAGAGUGGUUUCAGUUAGAGAACAAGAUAUAGAUCUGGGUAGAUUUUCUCCAGGAUUGUCUUCCCCUCCUUUAGCGCCACAUAAUAAUUUAAGAGGUGACAACUGUAUUCAAGGCUCUCCUUCCACAACGGGACCUGUGCUCCUGUUUGUUCUUGCUCAACUGUUACUUGGCUGUGGCGGUUCACCACUUUUUACUCUCGGAACCACGUAUAUUGAUGAUCACGUUAGAGCUGACAGUUCUUCUAUCUAUAUAGGAUGUAUGUACAGCAUGGCUGCAUUCGGUCCAGUUUUGGGAUUUCUGUUAGGAGCUUACAUGUUAUCAUUUCAUAUGGAUUCACUUACAAAAUUAAUAUCUAUAGGUAAAUAAAGAAUAAAUAUUAUUUUAU